AUGGGGAUUUCGCAAGAUCUCAUACAGGCUCCCAUGAAUCCCAUUAUCCCCGGGUUCCAUCCCGAUCCAUCUUGCGUUUGUGUUGAUGGGAUAUUCUACCUCGUCAAUUCAACAUUCCAAUGGUUUCCUCACAUCACCAUCCACGUUUCUCAAGAUUUGAUCAAUUGGAUCCCCUGCAAGGGCGCAAUCAAUGAGCCAGGUUACAUCUCCGUCAACGAGGCCAUCACUCGAGGUAAUCAGACUGAAGGUAUCCUCGCGCCAACAAUACGAUAUCACAAGGGUACAUUCUACGUAAUAUGCACCAACAUCCCCCUCACCGGCAAAGCUGAAACAUUCAUUGUCACUUCCAGCGAUCCCAUCCAAGGCAAAUGGAGCAAGCCUAUCCAGAUCGACUUCCACGGCAUCGACCCAAGUCUAUUUUUCGACCCGAACAACGACAAAGUCUACUUCCAAGGCACCAUGUUUCCCGAGAGACCUGCCGAUGGCGAACUACCUGAAGGCGUCCUACCACAAAUCGUGCAAAUGGAAAUCGAUGUCAAAACCGGCGAGUCCCUAUCUGGAAAGCCUAAACCCUUGGUCAAAGCACAUGGAGGAGGAUGGGCUGAAGGUCCACAUGUGUAUUUCAAAGAUGGAUGGUAUUACGGACUGCUUGCUGAAGAUGGGACGGAGAUCAAUCAUUGCGUGACGAUGUUUCGAAGUCGCAGUGUCUGGGGACCUUUCGAGAGCCAUCCUCAGAAUCCAAUUAUGACAGCGAGAGGUACGGACGAGUAUGUUCAAGGUGCCGGACACGCGGAUCUGUUCCAGGACGAGGCUGGGAAUUGGUGGGCUGUGAUGCUUGCGGUACGAUUAAAGGACGGGAGAUUCCCCCUUGGACGAGAGACUUUCCUCUGUCCUGUAGCUUGGCCAGAGAGAGAGUGGCCUAUCUUCAAUAACUCGAAGAAAUUGGGGAUGCAGAUUGAGCUUUGCCAACCAUUACCGCGUCCGAAAAAGGUGUCUGAGCUCUUCUCCAAACCUAUCGAGGAGACACUUACGUCUACAAAUCCUCGUUUGGUCUAUCUCCGUGAUCCAGACUUUUCGAGCUACAAUUGGCACGAUGGAAGCGUCUCGAUUGUAGGUAAGUCGGCGAACUUACACACAUCAAAAGGGACUUCAUCCCUGGUUGGCUUUCGCCAGAGAUCUCUCAGUGCACAGGUUUCGAUCGACGUCAAUUUCCAGCCCUCAAGCGAUAAUGAGGAAGCGGGAUUGUCGGUUUACGUCGACCAAUUGCGGCAUUUAGAUAUCUCAGUUCGUGGAAAGACCAUCGUAUUCUCUGUCUCUAGUCUGCAGCAACCCACAAAGUCCACUGAAGUGCCGCGGUCGGGGAAGAGUUCGCGGUUGAGUUUUCGGGUCAAAUGUACAGAAUCAUUGUAUUCUUUUGAUGUCAAAGAGGAUGGUGGUGGUGAGGAUUGGAGAGAGCUGGGCACUGCGGAUUCAAUGCUGAUUAGUGAGUGGGGUUUCACGGGACCGGUCUUUGCUUUGUUUGCAACGAGCAAUGGGGAAGGCGAGAGUAAGCCUGUGGUGUUUGAAAACUUGCUUAUUGUGUAA